CGCCGGAGAGGCGAGGAGAGCGCGCCCGCUGCUUCCCGGUGCUGCCCGGUGCGGCCCCGUCCAGCCGCCGCGCACAAGGAUGCUGGUGAAGGCGGAGGUCCUGGCGCCGCCCGCCGAGGACGAGCUGCUGCUGCUGGGGCUGGGCUCGCCCGCCCCCUCGCCCUCGCUGCCGUCCAGCGCCGAGGAGGAGGAGGAAGAGGAGGAGGAGGAGGAGGAGGAGCUGCGCGCCGCCCCGCCGGCUCGCCCCGUCGAGGCUCCGGGCGGCCGCGGGCUGCGGCGGGCGGAGGGGAAGCGGCGGCCGGGGCGGUCCCGCGGCGCCCCGCGGGCGGCGCGCACGGCGGAGACGGCGCAGCGCAUCAAGCGGAGCCGGCGGCUCAAGGCCAACAACCGCGAGCGCAACCGGAUGCACAACCUGAACGCGGCGCUGGACGCCCUCCGCGACGUGCUGCCCACCUUCCCCGAGGACGCCAAGCUCACCAAGAUCGAGACGCUCCGCUUCGCCCACAACUACAUCUGGGCGCUCACCGAGACCCUGCGGCUGGCCGGGGCGGCGCGGCUCGGCCCCGACGGGGCGGCGGCGGCCGCGGUCCCCGCCGAGGGCAGCCCAUCGCCCGCCUCCUCCUGGAGCGGCGGCGCCGCCAGCCCCGCGCCCUCCGCCUCCCCGUACGCCUGCACUUUAUCGCCAGCCAGCCCCGCGGGCUCCGCCUCGGAUCCCGAGCACUGGCCCGGCCGCUUCGCCCCGGGGCCGCCGCUGCCCCGCCGCUGCCUCUAGCCCGGCCCGGCGCUGCCGGGGCUCCCCCCGGGGCGGCGGCGGCAUCUGCCCGCUUCCCAGGGCAGGGCGGGCUGUGGGAAAGGCACCUGCCAAACCAAACUUUCCGUCUCUCUCUUUCUCUCUCUCUCUCGCCGAUGUGCACUUUGUCCGGUUUUCCCAGAUCUGUCGCCGCGGGGCUUUUGUGUGUGUGUGUGUCCCCCCCUUUCCCCGCUCCCCUCUUUGCCAUCUGUCCCUUAUGAUUUAUAGGCGGGAGGGGGGUGCAAAGCGAGGG